CUGGAAUCAUAUCUUGUAGACCUUGACUUAUACAAUGAACAACCGUCUCUUUUCCGUCUAGCAUCAUUGUUCCCAGCCCGGCCGAAGCCACCAUUGCGAAGAUGAAUACACAUAACCGGAAACAGCUUUAUGAAGAUACUGAAAUCUGUCAAUAUCUCAUAAACAGCAUCACCACCACCCACUCCCUCAACAUCCGACAAUCCAUCAUCCCAGGUGCCGGAUGCGCCCUCUUCGCCACGAAAUACAUCGCCGAGGGUCAAGAAAUAUUCAAGUCCCAGCCCACGGUCAACUGCGUCUCGAGGGACUUGAUGAACACCGUCUGUGAUUUCUGCUACAAGGACAGUGAAAGCAAAUUACACCCAAGCGGCCGGUUCCGGCGCCGGGGUGAUGAAAUCCAGGCGCUUGUAGAGUGCAAGGAGUGCCGGGUUUGUAAGUAUUGCUCUGAGUUCUGUCGAGAAAGCGCAUGGAAAGCAUAUCAUAAGCACGAGUGUGAGAUUUUAGCAGAUAUAUCAUUCGUGUUUCCAGCGAGGAUAAGGGCUUUGUAUCGGAUUCUGGCCAGGAGGAAAUGUGGACAGAUAUCGGAGCGAGAGUGGAGAUCUAUAGCGUAUCUGGAGUCGCAUUAUGAGAAACGAAUGCACGGCGCGGAUGCCAAUGAGAUUCGUGAAGUGGCUGUCGAGGCGAGGAGGCGCACGGGAACGGAGAUGGGGGUUGAGGAGGUGGGGAGGGUUUACUGUGCGCUAUUAACGAACACAAUUUGCAUCCGCGAAGCCGGUCAAUCCAAGGUCCUCGGUACUUCCAUCGAUGUAGUCAUGGCCCUCAUGAACCACUCGUGCUUCCCCAAUGCACUGACCAUCUUUGAAGGCGGCGAGAUGCAUGUUCGUUCUUUGCGUCCUAUACGCGCGGGUGAGGAGGUGAUGCAGUGCUAUGCGGAUGUUACGUGCGAUGUCCUCUUGCGGCGGCCAAUGCUGGAGAGGGAUUUUGAUUUCACUUGUGGAUGCUCGAGAUGCGAAAAAGAGACGGAGGCACACAACGCCAUCACCAGCAAUGACAGGUCCAAAAUUGAAGUCAUCAGGCAGACGCAGGAGCAGAUGACGGAGCUUAUUAACGGCACCAUCGUUACUAUGAUGAGCGAUCCGCAGUCCCGGUCCCUACUAUCCCCAACCGAACUAGAAACCAAAGUAAAGGACCUCGCAGCCCGCGCGUAUCCAGACAGCCAAUGGCCCAAAAACCUCGACCCCAUGCCCCUCCUUUGGAAACGCCUAGGCAAUAUGUGCAGUCUCCAAUCCCAACCCCUCGCCGCUCUGCGCUAUAGUAUAAAGGGGUGUGCGUACACCGAUGUGCGGGAGGGGCAGGAGUGGAAUAGUGAUCUGUUGGAUUUGAUCAGGAUAUUGAUAUCGAUAGUGAUUCAAUUGGACGGGGAGGAGGACAAUGAGGGAUUGCCCGGGAGGAAAGAAUUGUGGAACUCGGUUCUGGGGUAUUUGAACAUGCUGCGGAAGAUGGCAGACCAAAAUUUUGGGGAGGAGACGGGGUAUGCGAGGGCUUUGAGGAGGUGGUUAGCGAAUGUAGUGGAAGCUGCAGAUGAGCUUGAGGAGGGAGCUUGGGCAGAUGGGUAUGAAGGUCGGUUUGGGGACGUUCAUGGGAGGCUUUUGGCCUGGGCUGGGGUUGAGAAGGGACAGUGGGUUGCGAAUGGGUAAGUAAAAAUUGGCAAUCAGCUGUGUGACAGUUGUCGUGAAAUUCCCUUGGGCGUUGGUGUUGAAUACACUAGAAUACUGGGAUAUCAGACCUCUCUUUGCUUUAUAAUCCGCAAGUGGCUACAUAAUUACGCUCAACUUUCUGGUCAGGGGUAUAUGUAUCAUUUCAG